CUCGGGCGAAUGCUUCAUCUCAUAGGUGAAAGGGGCCCCUAGCGUUGAUUUGGCUAAGCGCACUGUUAUUGUAUAUCAGUUCACCUUAAGAGGGAGACUUCUUGUUUUCUUUCUCUCUCCUCUCUUCCUUCUUUCUUCCUCAUUUUUCUCUCCAUAUCUUCAACGCCUUCAAGGGGUCGUCAUUCUGUGACUUUGAAAGCGUUACUUUCUUCAUAUCCUCCUUCUGAUUGAGGAGGUUUGCUAUUCCACUAUCAAAAGGUUUGUUGCCAUUCUCAUAUGAAGCCAUCUCGAUCUUGACGAAAAGUAUAAACACGCGUUCCAUAACAUGAUGGACACACAGAAGACAUCCUCGAGGUGGAUACGCUAUUGACAGUAUGAGAUUUGGCUUUGUACUUACUUCCUUUGAUCAUAGACCUCCAACAAACCUGUGGAAACCUGACCUACAGUGUAUGUAUUCCAAUCUUUGUUUUGCUGCCAUUAUUCACGUUUCAAUCUACCAUCCUCACCUUUUCAUUCCUAUCUCCAACUUCACAGAUCGAUGACCUGGUGGAUAAUUGGUUCCGCCAGGUCCCAUCAGCUGGGUCUCUACAAAGAGCCCACCACAAUGUUUCCCUCCCACCACCUUCUCACCACCCCACCAUCUCACCUUUUCAUCCUCUCUCCACAUUCAUCAACCCACCAAACUGACAUCCCCUGAGCAGACACAAUCCGCAACAAUGUCUGCAGACGUUGCUGCUGCCGUCCUGCCUAACGGCAAGGAAAAGGGCAACGAGGAGGAGGUUCGUAGCCCCUUCGACCCCAACCUCCCAGAGGAUCCCCGCCACUCCCAGUGGAUCAAGCAGAGCGGCCAUGCCACCCGUGUCGCAUACAACUAUGCGGCUUACAACAUGACUGAGGCUGAGCGUCGCGCCGCUGAAGGCGAAGGCCCUAUUCUCGCUCCUGGCGAUGUUCUCCAGGAUGAGGGCUGGGCCAACAACGCCACCGUGUAUGAGUGGUGUGAUGAGUAUGGUGAUGUCGGCCCAGCUCACCCUGUUCUUGAGAAGCAACUAUUCGGAUCUGACGUUCAUGUUACUACUGGCAUCGAUUUCUCAGGUGUUACCUCCAUCAACGUUGUCCAGGAGGGAACCGUUCGUAUCAAGCCUGUUCUCAGCUUCGAUGAUGCCGGACUCCACCCCGUCAUGCUUGCCAAUGUUCGUCUGGCUGGCUAUACCGUUCCCACACCGGUUCAGUGCUACACAUUGCCCGCCAUCUUCCAGGGUCAUGAUAUUGUCGCCUGUGCCCAAACUGGCUCCGGCAAGACUGGUGCCUUCUUGAUCCCCACCCUGUCCAAACUCAUGGGCAAAGCCAAGAAGUUGUGUGCACCACGCCCCAACCCGGCGACUUUCGUCCCAGAUCCCCGAAACUUUACUCGUGCCGAGCCACUCAUGCUCAUCGUUUGUCCCAACCGUGAGCUUGCCGUGCAGAUCUUCAACGAGGCUCGUCGUUUCUGCUACCGCUCGAUGCUUCGUCCAUGUGUUGUGUAUGGUGGUGGCCCCCGCCGCGACCAGCUCAACCAGAUCGCCAAGGGCUGCGAUGUUCUCAUUGGAACUCCAGGUCGUCUCGUUGAUUUCAUCACCAAUGAGCCAGAGCGUCUCUCUCUGUGCCGCCUCAAGUACAUGAUCGUCGAUGAGGCCGACGAGAUGCUCAGCUCCGACUGGGAAGAUGAGUUCAAGGUCAUCAUGAACGGCGGUGACCAGGAGGAUGGCAACAUCACCUACAUGAUGUUCUCCGCGACCUUCCCCAAGGCUGCCCGCGACCUUGCAAAGGAGCACCUUGCCAACGACUUUGUCCGCAUCCGCGUCGGCCGUGCUGGAUCCACAUCCACCAACAUCGAGCAAAACGUCAUCUACGUCGAGCCAUCCGCCAAGCGCCAGGCUCUCCUCGACUUGUUGUACUCGCGUCCCCCCGCCCGUACCAUCGUGUUCGUCAACAGCAAGCGUAGCGCUGACGAGCUCGACGACUACCUGUACAACAUCGGUAUGCCCUCCACGUCAAUCCACUCUGAUCGCACCCAGCGCGAGCGUGAGGAUGCCAUUCGUUCUUUCCGCAUCGGUGCCGUUGGCAUCCUCGUCGCGACCGGAGUCUCCGCUCGUGGUCUCGAUAUCAAGAACGUGAUGCACGUCAUCAACUUCGAUCUUCCCAACGCCAACUUUGGCGGUAUUGAGGAGUACACCCACCGUAUUGGUCGCACCGCUCGCAUCGGCAACCGCGGCCUCGCCACCUCCUUCUACUGCGACCGCAACGAGGACCUGGCUCUCGACCUCGUCAAGACACUCAGCGAGACCAACCAGCCCAUCCCGGACUUCCUGCAGGCCUUCGUCCCCGAGGGCGGCGCCGCCGAGCUGCAGUUCGAGGUUGACUCCGACUUUGGCGGCGACGAUGCUGAGGAGGCUGCCGCCCCCGUGGCUGAUAAGAUCAUUGACGUCCUCGCCGACAACGUCAGCAAGAACCUUGUCAUGAACACCCCCACCGUGCCGCGCUUCCUUCCAGGCAUGAAGCCACGUAACCCUAACGCUCAGCCAGAGCAGAAGGUCGUUGCUCCUGCGGCCCUCGCCGUCCUCGAGCCAGUCAACCCCAAUGUGCCGCGCGUUAGCGGUAGUGACAUCAAGGGUAAGGGUAAGGAGAUCGAGGUCCCCAUCCCAACCGUCACCGUGACUGCCCCCAGCGUCGCCGCCGAUAAGGAUGACGGCUGGUAAGCACCUCGCCUCGCCCUCCGCCCACCAGCACUCAAUUCCUCAAUCUGCUCGUCGGCCGCCGCGAAUGAAACUUGUACGAUACCAAUGAUGCACCUUGCGAUUGGGGGUUUAGAUGAGAUAUAUGAUGGCUGGUGCCCCGACUUGUUCUUUCUUCCUUGUCUUUCUCGCUCUCUUCCUCGUUUUCCUCCUGUGGGGGCAGUCAGGCUUCUUGCUCGGAUAGUUUCGCUGGAUAGGUCACCGCCGCGCAGGGAAGGUGUUAUCUGGGAAUGCCCACUUCUCGGAUGGUCUGGAUAGACGGGAGAUCGGGAGGGUGUAUGCUUUGUGGUGCUGUUUCUUUGUGGGUGGGGAGGGGGGAGAGGGUGGGUUUAGCUAGGUUGGUAUGAGGGGGAAUUAAAGAGCUGUUCUGCAAUAAUACCCGUUGCAUUUAUUUGUGGUUGUGAUUCAUAUGCUUUUGUGACUUGCUCGUUUGAUAUUGAGAUGUAUUAUGGUGGAUGUGACGGCGUCUCGCCGUCCAUCGUGGGGUUGUUCUUGCCUUUCUUGUUG